AUGCUCUCAGUGUGGGAGACGUCGCUGUCAGAGAGUGUAUUGCCGGCAUCUGAGAGGUCGCGCUUCGAAACAACUGUGAUUCCUCGAUUAAGCCAGUUGUUGCGCAUUUACGAAGUGUUUCGAUGGUUGGGAGACCUGAAAAUCGCGGCAGAUUCUGAUUCUACAUCGCUGAUACAAAUGCCAGUGGAGAUGAGCAUUACCUCUACGUCGUUUUUGCAACCGAUCACUGGUACAUCAAACGAAGGUGAGGUGAACUUAAUCGAUGACCUCUUGAAGUUGGUCACCAUUUACCUAAUGCCGGUGGCUAACUGCGCCGUCGAUGGCGAAGCUUCUUCAUAUGAUUUGCGGUCGUUGGCAUUAAACUUUCCAGAGUUCAUCGCGGCUGUUUUAAGCACGCUGUGGCCGACCGAUCCGCGGAUGCUGAUUUGCGAAUAUUUUCGUAGAAAGGGACUUUACAGGCAGCUGGUGGACUUUUGUGAGCGUUUUGACCCAUGGUUGACCGAAUUAGGUGUAUCUCGUAUGUUUUAUGAAGGCGAAGCAUGGCUUCAGCUUGGCGAGCCAGAUAAGGCCUUGCAGUGCUUUCUCGGCUGCUAUAUUUCCGUCACGUCGCAAGACAUGGACUUUUUGAACAGGUUCGGCUUCGUGAAUACCUCUCAGGACAAGCUAUCGUUCUUCUUGACCGUGUCACAUCUGUUCUGCGAACAAGGAUACCAACAGCACGUCAUUGACAUCUGCACCAAGGGCUUGCAAUGCUCCAGCGGUCACGAGCCGAGUUUGCCGUUGACAUGGACAAAGCUGUUCAAAGCUCUACUGAAAUUGGGCCGAUUCGAAGAAGCGCUGACAGCUGUACAAAAAAAUCCAGACUCUAACUGUCAAAAGAGCUGCUUUCGGCAAUUGAUUCUUAAAAUGGAUGAAGAAAAUUUACACCAACAGAUGAUCACUUUCAAGUAUGGAAAGUUGGAGCAUCAGUUUGUUCAACUGCUGGAGCAUCGUGCACGGACUACCGAAUUAUCGAAAAACAAUUUCUACGAAAUUCUAUCCCGGUUUUUCUGUUUUCAUGGCAACUAUAGGCGAGCUGCUAAAUACAUGUACGAAAUGGCGACCAAGCUUAAGUCAGAGAUGUACGGAUUGGAAUCGCUCAGGCAACAGACGGCAUCCUUUGCGGCGUGCAUCCACAUGCUGUCGCUAGUCAGCGAAAAUUACCGGUGGAUCGUGCGAAAGACUGUUAUGGUAAGUAAUGACAGGCUUUGA